AUGACUCAAAUCCCGCCUACGACCUACUACCCCCCUAACUUCCGCGACAUCGGCGGCCUCCCCACCACCAGCAACCACCGCGUCCGCAAAGCCCUAAUCUACCGGUCUGGCAGCCUCGACCAGCUCUCCCAGCACCAGCUCGACAGCCUGAUCACCUCUUUCAACCUAACCGCCAUCUUCGACCUCCGCUCCACCGCCGAACACCAUCAACUCACGACAUCCACCCCGUCCCUCGUCCAGUGCGCGAUUCUGCACCCCGUCCCCGCCGCAGAGGUGCAGGACCACCGCGCCACCCUCGCCCGCUUCCUCGCAGAGAGCGGCGCCGCCGACGCCGCGAUCCGCACCGCCGCCUACACACGCACCUACCUCCUCCUCGCCGAGUCCGGCGCCCCAGCCUUCCGGCAACUCUUUGCCUACCUCCUGCGGCAUCCGUCAGCGGCAGCCGGGGGCGGGAGUGUGCUGGUGCACUGCGAGCUCGGGAAAGAUCGCACGGGCGUCUUCGUGGCGAUCUUGCUGAAGGCGCUGGGCGUGGCGGAUGCGGAUGUGGUGGAGGAUUAUCAUCGCUCGGAGGGGGAGGUGGCAGGACGGAUGCGGGAGCGCAUGGAGGGGUUGCGGCGGCUUCACGGGGAGGGAGAAGGGGAUGAGUUGGGAGUGGGGGCAGGAGCGAGGUCGGGUUGCUAUGCUGCCCCUGGAUCGUAUCUCUGUGCGGCGAAGGAGUAUAUGUCUGGCUUUCUGGGGCUAUUCAACGAGAGGUAUGGUGGCGGGGAGGGGUAUCUGAGGAAACUUGGGUUCUCCGAGGAUGAGGUUGUGAGGUUGCGGGAGGUGCUGCUGGAGUAG